AUGGCGAACGUAAUCGACGACCUGCUCGCCCUUGCGGUAGCCACACCACUCCCAGCCAUUCAAGAAGAAGAAGAAGAAAUCUACACCCAGAACGACACUGCACCUUAUGUUCGGCCAAAAACCCGUUCGCAAACCCGCGCCGCCCGACCAUCGCUGAAGAUCCGACUCCCCGUGCCCGCGACCCCUGUUGUCAAAAAGUCCCAGAGCAAAAAGCGUAAACCCAGUUUCACCAUCUUCGUCGACAAAGACGCAGAAGACCAAGUCGCAUCAGCCAUCUCCACGCCCAAGAGAUCAAGAACAAAUAUACCGCGUACCCCUCUAAGCGACAGAACCUACUCGACAAAGUCGACGCCCACACCUUCGCCCCGCUCCCCUUCAACCCCCUUGUCCCUCUCCCCCUUGGACCCUAACUGGGAGAACCUCGAAAACUACGCUCCAUUCACUACCCCCGCGACCCCUCCCGCAACACCACCUCCCGUUUCGCCUCCACCCUCUCGACAGCCCUCAACCCGCACCCUCAACUCUCGCCCUCCUCCCCCAUCCACACCACCGCGCCUCGCCCCUCCCACAAACACCCUCUUAUACACGAUACUCGGGCUUGAAGACUGGCGCGCCACCCCCGCCACGAUCAAGAAAUCCUACCGCCGCAUGGCGCGCACCUUGCAUCCUGACAAGGCGUUGUCGGAGGAAGAAAAGGGAAGCGCGCAUUUGGCGAUGCAGCAGCUCAAUGCGGCGAGGGAUGUGUUGUUGGAUGCGAAGGCGAGGGAGGAGUAUCAUGAGACGGGGGUUGUGCCGUGGGUUGUUUAA